UUGAUAGCUCUUCUUCUCUUCAGCCUCUCCCAUCCCCUCUGAAAUUCUCUCAAGUUCUAAGCCUUGUGAGAGAGAUAUAUGGCUUGCCAAUUGAGUGAUGGAAGAUGCAACAAAAUAUUUCAGAGCUCCAAACCUUAUGCAGCUAUGAUCUCCUUGCAAUUCGGCUACGCCGGCAUGAAUAUCAUCACCAAGCUCUCGCUCAAUCAUGGCAUGAGUCACUACGUAUUAGUCGUUUACCGUCAUGCUUUUGCUGCUCUAUCCAUCGCUCCCUUCGCAUUAAUCCUCGAGAGGAAAGUUCGGCCAAAGAUCACAUUCACCAUUUUCAUGCAAAUAUUUGUUCUUGGCUUGCUAGGGUUUGUAUUUCAUACUAAUUUUCUCAUGUUGUUAUUAUUGUUAAGGCCUGUGAUAGACCAGAAUUUCUACUAUGCUGGGUUGAAAUUCACAUCCCCUACCUUCUCUUGUGCCAUGAGCAAUAUGCUUCCUGCCAUGACAUUUAUAAUGGCUGUCAUAUUCAGAAUGGAGAAAGUUGAUCUGAAGAAGGUGAUAUACCAGGCAAAAUUAGUUGGGACUCUAGUGACGGUGGCAGGUGCGAUGCUGAUGACACUAUAUAAAGGUCCGAUCGUCGAGCUAUUUUGGACGAAACAUGUGCAUGCUAGUGCAGAUGCACCGGCGGCGGCGGCGGCCGCGACUGCGGUUGCUGAUGCCACUGACAAGGAGUGGGUCAAGGGUUGUAUCUGCCUCAUCAUAGCCACCCUUGCUUGGGCUUCUCUCUUUGUUCUUCAGGCUGCAACAUUGAAGAACUAUACUGCUCAGCUUUCUCUGACCACAUUGGUCUGUUUCAUGGGAACUCUGCAAGCUAUUGUUGUCACCUUGGUCAUGGAGAAGAACAAUAGUUCAGCUUGGAGGAUUGGCUGGGACAUGAAUCUGCUUGCGGCCGCCUAUGCUGGAAUUGUUACAUCAAGCAUUGCUUAUUAUGUUCAAGGACGGGUUAUAGAGAAGAAAGGACCUGUUUUUGCUUCUGCUUUCAGUCCUUUGAUGAUGAUAGUAGUGGCUGUAAUGGGCUCCUUCAUCCUCGCAGAGAAGAUCUAUUUGGGAGGAGUUAUUGGAGCAGUUCUGAUAGUGGGAGGACUGUACUCAGUUCUGUGGGGUAAGUACAAGGAAAGCAAGGAGAAGAAGGAGAAAGAAGCAAUGGCUCUUCCUAUGGCGAUGACGGUUGAGGCCAAGCAAGUGAUGGAAGGAGAUGAAGUUGAGAUAAUGAAGAAGAAGAAGAUUUCUUCUUCCUCUGUGGAUUCUGUGGCUGUUGCAGUUGCAGAAAGUGUGAAUGGAGCUUAGAAGCUGCGCUGAAAUUUGAGGGAAAGAGAGCG